ACAGACAUUCUGUUAGUGUGCUUCAGUUGUUCGACUUGUGUCAUGGAAAAAAGGUUUACUAGUUGGACAGUUUCCUUGGGUGGUUUCCGGCAGGGGGCGUGACGUCACCUCAGUUGACCACCAGAGGGCGCCACUCACCUUCCCAGCCGCCGCAACAUCUCGCAGCUCCAAUAGCGCUUGUGCUAGAAGAGGGCACGCCCCCGAUGUCGGCCCCCAUUGGCCGCCCGGGCCGCCUGCUCCCUCCUGAUUGGUUGCUGCCGGUAGCACGUGGCAGUAGAAAGCCAGCAGAGCGCAAGUCGCUCGGCAUUGAGGCGCCACCGCGAGGAGGAGGAAGAGGAAGAGGAAGAGGAAGAAGAAAAGGAAGAAGAAAAAGAAGACGACGAAGAAGACGAAGACGACGAAGAAGACGAAGAAGACGACGAGCGACCUCGGAAUGUUGUAGAAGAAGCCCCGUUUUAUUGGAGCACUGCGAUCCGGUCCUGUUUUUCCCCAUGAGUGCUGCCAGCCUUCUCAGGUCUUUCAGUCCGUCCGCGAUGCCCGGCUCGGUCAUGCCCAUCGACGUGGCCAUGCGCUUCUACAUCAGCCACUCUCCUCCUCCUCUCAGGGGCUUCCUGAGCUCCUGCGAGGCGCCUCCGCAACGGACCCGGAGCCGGGUCCAGAGGGACCGGGCGGCCGCCGUGCUCAGGCCCUGCCUGAGCAGCCAGCAGGGAGCGGCGGACGACGAGGGUUGGAGCGGGAAAGGCGAGAAGAAGAAGGUGGUGUUUGCCGACUCCAAGGGAAUGUCACUCACCGCCGUCCGCGUCUUCUCCAAGAAUGAGGAGGAACGCGGCGGCGCCGGCGAGGAGCUCCAGUUCGACAUGAGCGACCUGGAGAACGCCGCCACGGACCUGAAGAUCAGCUCGGCGCGCAGUCUGGCGCUGGACUUUGAGCAGCCUUCGGCCGACUACCUGGACUUCCGGAAGCGCCUGAUCCAGAACUCGGUCUGCUUGGAGAACUGCUCGCUGCAGGAGCGCUCGCUCACCGGCACGGUCAAGGUCCGCAACGUGGGUUUUGAAAAGUCCGUGUCGGUGCGGGCUACCUUCGACUCGUGGGCCAGCUUCCUGGACGUGGACUGCGCCUUCAUGAACAACGUGUACGGCGGCCACGACACCGACACCUUCGUUUUCGUUCUGGACCUACCCGCUGACCUCCCACCGCAAAACGGAGUGGAAUUCUGCGUGCGAUUCCAAGUCCGGGACCGGACCUUCUGGGACAACAACGACGGCAAGAACUACGCGGUCAAGCACGUGGGUUGGACCGGCGCGUCCCCUCCGGACCCCGCCGAGCACAAGACGCAGAGCGGCGUGAAGGUUCUGGAGAUGGACCUGGACCAGAUGGGAAGCCCUCGCAUGUGCAGCGGCUUCUUCCCUGGCUGGCAAAGCUGGAACCACGUGGACGUCGCCGUGCCCUACUGGUGAGCGGGCGGGACCGGACCUCGUCGCCGACGGACGUUACGUCCUUCAUAUUGAAGGGAAGCGAGCGAAUGCUGGCCCUGACGGACGCGCGACAAAUUCUUUUGGACUUGGGAACUUCCGCACCUCGGCCAUGCUGGCGACCGCACCUUACUGCUUCGCACGCUUCGGGUAUUUCCGCAGCCGUUCCCGUGCCUUUGUGAUUUGCACAAACUGUGUGUGUGUGUGUGCGUGUGUGCGUGUGCGCGUGCGAGAGAGGCUGCCAAUCCAUUUUUAUUUGCAUUUGGCAAAGGAAGUUGUGUUGUUUGGAAUAAAGUUUAUAUUUGGCCACUCCUCUCUCCAUUCAA